GCUCAAGACAGCAGUUAACAUACUCCGCAGUUCAGGACGAUCGUAAACGAUGUGGAAGAUAAUUGUGGUCACUGUUAAAAUCCUUAACAUAAUUAUAAACCAUGCAGCGGGAAAAUAAGUCGGAUGAGUGGGUCAAACUUGUGUUGCGCCGAUUUAGAGCUCAGCUUCCAUUUGAAUCAACACGUUCUCAGAAAAAUCAUGAAAGUACAGAGCAUAUCAAGAACUGCAUUAUUAGCCUUAGUGAACACAACUUUAGUAUGGUGGUGGCAGAACUUGCUGGCUUUAUUAAAGAACCAUCUAAGUUGGUGAGACUCAGUUUGCUCUCUUUGGUUGCAGUUACUUUAGAGCAGUUUUCAAUUGAUUGUUGCAAAACCAAAACCAAAGUAGUCAAAACUAAUCCAGAAAGAUGUGCUGCACUACCUGAUGAAGUUUUGAAUAAGCGUCUACUUCCAGCAAUAUGUGCGUUCAUAACACAGUCUUAUGGAUUCCCUCUGGAAGCUGAACAGAAAAUUCUAGCUGGUAAAGUACUCUCCCACAUCAGUGUGCACCACUUCUCUGCCCUCUUUAAUCGCAUUGCAAUCAGACUCCAUGUGCUUGCCAACACUGAAGAUAAUUCUGAUACUGGUGAACUGGAAUUGAUUCGACAUUUACAUGUGAAUGUGUCUUCUCUUAAAAUUCUGUUGCAAGAAAGCAAUCAGGUAUUCAGAUCCUUGAAGAAGAUUGGUCAGCUAGCUUUAGUCUCUGGAUUGGAAAAGGCAAUAUGGAAUUGGGUUGAGAACAGUCCAGAUGAAUUUGCACAGCUACAGAGAGAACCAUCACCAGAACUUUCAGAGUAUGCAGAGAAGCUGUUUGACAUGGUAGAUAAUUUUGCAGAGAGUUCAAAGAGAAAAGCUGCGGUGUGGCCCCUCCAAAUUAUGCUGCUUAUUUUAUGCCCAGACAUGCUGGAACAAAUAGCCACAAGUGAAAAAGUAUUUGAUGUCAGCAAAGCUAAUAAGAAAGAGUUUCUUGAUCAUCUGAAGAAGGCCUUGAAUAGUACCAAACACCUGACAGAAAGUGCAGCAGUGGUGUGCGUGAAACUUUGCAAGGUUGCAACGUACAUGAAGCCUGAAGAUAACUCUGUCUUGUGCUUCCUUGUUGUCUCCAUGCUCAAUGAGUUGAAGGCAUUACUUUUCAACGUGAGCAAGCCUUUUUCUGUAGGAUCUGGUGGCUUUUUCACAACAGAGGAACUAAUGGUUGAUUGUUUUGUGUCAAGUUUCCGCAUUAAUUACAGAAACAACCAGCACUUUGAUAUCUGCCUACAGCCAAACUCUCCCAUUAUUUUCCAUCUUGUCUAUGUGAAAGGAACAUAUGCUAUUGUUAAAGAGGCUCCUUUGAGAUGGUGGCCAAAAGCUGAAGUGCUUCAUCCAAAAGCUUCAGCGCUAAGACAUAUUUUCUUGAAUAUUUGUAACAAGGUUCAAAAUGGUGAACAAGAGGGACAACAGUCAAGAUUGAGUCAGAUCUAUAAAGUAAAAGACAAGAAACACAAAGAAGAUGAAGUGCAUUCCAACAAGAAGCAAGACAAAGAGUUAUUACUAUGGCUGGUGAAAAUUUUUCAUGCAGAUCCUGUGUUUGCUUUUAAUAAUCCUGAUCUUCAUGGCUGGGAGAUCCAAAAGAAUUCAACUCAAGUUAUAAUGGGUGUGGUCAAUUUGAUGUUAACACCUUCUCUACCUGCAGAAAUAAGAAAUGAGGCAGCUGAGACUCUUCUUUGUUUCUUUGAAGCUGAUCACAUAGAGAUGUGGAAUCCUGUAGCACCUAUUGCUUCAUUUUGGGAAAUUAGUUCACAAGUAAUGGUGUCCAUUGCUGAGUUUCUCAUUGGUCAUGGCAGCCAUGGCACUGUUUUACUGAGAUACUUAAGGGAUCUAACCAUGUGUAAAAUUGAGUUUUUAAGGAAACACCAGGAGCAAGCUUCCAUAGGAUGCCACUUGCCAAUAUGUACAGUUUCUCAAACUAAACUUGAGGAAGUGUUCCUUAGUUAUUUAUGGAAUCCAGAUAUGGAAACUGUGUUGAUCUCCCUUUCUUGUUUUGGACAAAUGUGCAAUGAAGUGGACAUUGUACAAAGUUCAGAGACCCUCAAUGUUCUGCAGACUUCUCAAAACUUAAAUGUGUACAAUGAAUUGUCACAGGAGGCUACCAAAUUUAGAGCUGGAAGAGCAGCACUGCAAAAACGGAUCAUGGCUUUAUUACGGCAACUUGACAGCCAAACUGCAGGGAAUUUUCAGGCCUGGGAAAGUACUUACACAAAAUGGCAAAAGCUAACCUUUGACCUUGUCAACUUUGGUAAAGAUGAUUCUCCAUCAAUAGAUGUACAGAAAUAUCUUAGGCGGAGAUCACAUGCCAAAAUCACGACUGACAACUUGCAGACAUCAUUCAUUGAAUGGACAUUCAUGACAGGAUUUCUCUGUUCACUCGGGGGAGUGUGUUUGACUUCACUACAACCAAUAAGAAGAUACAGCAGAAGUCUUCCUUCAUCAGUUCACUCCAAGGCUGAAUCAACUGAUACUGAAUGUGCCACAGUAACUAAGUUUAUGCAGGAUGUGUUGAGUCUCCUGGUUUGCAGUAAUGAUAAAACUGGUUUACAGAUACGUAGUACAGUCAAUGAGCUGGUUGGAGUGGAGCUUAGUCCAAAGCUUUAUCCCAUUUUACUGACGCAGAUCAUGACAGUAGUUAACAGCUUCUUCACACCAUCUGGGCAGGUGGUGGUUCAAGAGAAACACACACUUUUUAUAGCACAGAUCAUUGUAAUAAUCAAGCACAUCCUGGAAAAUAAACUUGGACAUAAGGAUUGUUUUCAGAUGAGUGGCAUUGAUGCUAUGAUCCUGUCAUUUGUAAGAUAUGUGAGGAACCUUCCUGUCAGUCAUCAGGCCCUGCAGAUAAAGUGUAAACUCUGCCAGCUGAUUGAUGUGAUUAUGGCAAAGAGAGACGAAUUAUUACUUCAUCAAGAAGUGAAGCUACGGAACAAGCUUGUGGAAUACCUCACUGAUUGGGUUCUGCCAUCUGCCGAACAUCAUCAGAGUAUUCCUCUAGAGCUCUCGGGUUUAUCCAAAGAUCUUGAUGCUACUGUGAUGCGUGCAAUAGCAUCACUCCUGUCCGGGUUACCCCUGCAACCUGAGGGGAUGGAGACAGACAUUAUGGAGGCCAAGUCACAACUUUUUCUUAAGUACUUCACUCUAUUUAUGAACUUGAUGAACGGGGAGAAAGGUACAAAAACUACAGAUGAGCAAGAAGAAAAAGGUGAAAUGCAUCACAACGCAUCCCAAACAUUGCAUCAAAAUGCCGUCCUAGCUAUGUCCAACCUUCUGAAUGCGAACAUUGAUACUGGGCUUAUGUAUGCAAUAGGUCUUGGUUACCAUGACGAUUUACAGACAAGAGCUGUAUUUAUGGAGGUCCUCACCAAGAUUCUACAACAGGGCACUGAAUUUGACAAUUUGGCAGACACGGUCUUAAUGGACAGAUUUGAUAGACUAGUGGACUUGUUGACGCUGACAGGAGAGAAGGGGAAACUUCCGAUUGUGAUGGCUUUGGCCAAUGUAGUACCAUCACAGCAGAUGGAUGAGCUGGCCCAUGUCCUGGUCACUCUGUUUGAUGACAGAAAGAAUCUGCCUCAGCUGCUGAAUAACGUAUUUUCUAUGGAGGUUUACAGCACGGAGGGAAUGCAGACGCUCUUUAGAGGAAACAGUCUUUCCAGUAAAACCAUGGCAUACUGUUUCAAAGUAUUUGGUGGCAGUUACCUUCACACACUUCUUGCACCGCUGAUAGCUCCUAUGUACAAAGAACAUGUCUCAUUUGAAGUGGAUCCUACAAGGCUGGAAAAAGGUCAAAAUGUCGAAGAGAACAGAAAUAACCUGAUUAAGGCCGCUCAAAAGUUCAUCAACGAGAUUGUAAUUUCAGCUGAAAGUUUUCCUAUCCAGCUACGGCGUCUGUGUAACUCUCUUAGGGAGAUUGUUCACCAGAGAUUCCCAAAGCACAGUUUGGAAGCAGUGGGGAGUGCCUUCUUUCUGAGAUUCAUUAACCCAGCAAUAACUUCACCCCACGCCACAGGGAUCGUUGACCAGAUUCCUCCAGAGGAAGGAGACCAAAUCACUGAUGAACUUCUCAUAUACCAUGCCCUAAUAACACUGGAAAGCUGCAUCGAAAGACCCUGGGAACUGGUUGUCGAUUUCACCCAUACCACUUUAGAAAACAGGUUUAGUCCCUCCACAGUAUUAAAGCUUUUAACAGUCGUACCAGAUGGCGCUGUGAAGAAUCUCCAAGCAACGUACUUGUAUAACUGUAGUAGUUCACUGAGACAAUAUGCCAAGUACAACGAACGACACUUGUCUCCUUUGAAGGGACGCUCUAUAGUACGAGUUUGUGAGUCUCUAAGUAAACUACACGAGUAUAUUAGUUCAAGCGAACUUAAGUUACCAAGUUCCACUGUGUCCCUCGAGGAAGACUUAAAGGUUUUUCACGCUUUCAGGGUGUCGAGCAGGAGCAAUGUUUUGGUCAAGGUUGGCCCCACAUCAGUGCAGAUCACCACUCCAGAGAGACACAGAGUGUUAGGUUAUUCAAGCAUCCUUAAUGAUGUGUAUUAUGCCUCAGAAGUUAAGGGGGCCACUGUGGAGGACGAAAACCUGUGUCUAUUAAAGCUGGCCAAUGUUGGUCCAGGGAUUCUUCUGAUGAGUAAUGACAGUGAGCAGAUUGUUCAAGCUGUUACACACGUUAAGACCAGAUGGCAGCUCUCACAACCCGACUCAUCCACAACUACAAGUAAGAAGAUUAAGCCCAAAGAUGUCCCAGGAACGCUACUGAACAUGGCUUUGUUGAAUCUAGGUACAUCAGAUCCCAGUCUUCGCCUGGCUGCCUACAAUCUUUUGUGUUCUGUGACAAAGUCGUUCAACUUGAAAAUUGAGGAAAGACUCUUGGAAGGAACAGGUCUGUGCAUCCCUGCAAACAACACGCUGUUCAUUGUUGGAAUCAGUGAAAAACUUGCUGCUAGAGAACCACAACUGACUCUUGAGUUCCUGGAAGAAUGCAUUGCGGGUUUUGUGAAGUCAGAUUAUGAGUUGAAACAUUUGUGUCUGGAAUACAUGGCACCAUGGUUACCAAACCUUGCAAGAUUUUGUCGGUUCCCGGCGGAUGAUCCUCAGAAAGUGAAAAUGACCCGUAUCCUUGAAGAACUCAUAAAUCUAACGGUGAAAGAAAAAGGUCUGUGGACAAAGUUCUGAUGGCGGUACGCGAGGAACCUCUGUUAGAGUUUCACUGUAAGCAAAUGGACCAUUUUGUGGGUCUUCACUUUUCAAACAAUUUCCACUUUGCGCUGAUGAUACACCUCGUGAAAGGAGUAUAUCAUCCCCAGGCCACCUCUUCUGCGCGUGCCAUUCGCAUCCUGAACUUGAUGUAUAACAUCACAAGCAAACGUAAAACAGGUCGUGGUUCUUUUAUUGUCAACAAAGAAAAUCUGGCAUAUUUGGCUGCUUUGUUGCCUGUAUCUGAAGAAGUUCGCGCCAGUCUUCGCCCGGGUGGCAAAAAAGAGCCCGAGAGUCCCACCCUGCAUUUUCCAGGCAAACUGGACGGCAGUAUCUCCGGAAGCGCAACAUCUUUGAAUACGGAAUAUGUCCUGUCAGUCCAGGAAAAAACGAGGGUAACAAAGACAAGGAGUUCUUCCACGAACUCAUCGGGCUCUUCAACCACCGUGGGAGAUAAUCACGGGAAGGAUGAAACCAAAAAUGAGUACGUAGCUGGAGUUCCAAGACUUGCUGCUGUUACGCCGUGGUAUAGCUCUACAUCCUCUGAGGAAGAUCUGGGGAGACUAAGAUUUCAUCGCCCCUACAGAGUGAGUAAGUCAACCACUGUGAAAGUGCAAAACGAGCUCCACGUGAUGGCAAGGACUCCUCCCUCUACCAACUCGUGGGAUAGUUCCAGUACUUUAGUAGAGUCUGAAGAAUCCAGCGUUAGUUGCAAUGAAAACGAUGUUGCCCAAACGCCUAAAGAUCAGAGGAUUGAAAAGAGUAGUUCUGCAGCACAGUCUUCCAAUUCCGUUUCUUCAUGGAACAGUACAUCCAACUGCGAAGAAGACACCGAGAAAGAAAGCUCAGAGAGUGUGUCUAGCAGGCAGAGAGGUGUUACAUCUCACAAAACCAAAUCUACAUCAGAGGAAGAUUUGAGAUAGUCCUCUGCACCUUCCAAGCCCAGUUCUUUAGCAGCUUCAAUCAGUGUACCAGUGUCACUAACAUUUUUGCCAUCUUCAUAA